UCAUAAAAUCACACAAAUAGAGAACCUCCUCAUUUUGUAGAGCUGUCAAAUCAACAAAUUUUUUUGUUGUCAAGGAAACGAAAUUGCAUUGAACAAAGUUUCUUUGAAACCAAUUUUUAUCAAGCAAAAUAUUGAAUUGAAUUUCUCAGAACGAUGGUAAAGAUUACCGAGGAAUUAGUGCGCAAGAAAUCCGAGCAUAAUGAGUGUCUCAUCAGUACGCUUGAAGAACUUUCGUUACACCAGGAGGAUAUUGAACGAAUCGAACAUUUACAAAAUUGGUGUCGGGAACUGAAAAUUUUACUCCUCCAAUCGAAUCUUAUUUCUAAAAUAGAAAAUUUACAUAAAUUGAAAAAAUUGGAAUAUUUAAACUUGGCUGUUAAUAAUAUAGAACGCAUUGAGAAUCUGGAACAACUCGAGUCUCUAACUAAAUUAGACUUAACAUUGAAUUUCAUUGGCGACAUAACAUCGCUCGAAAGCUUAAAGGGAAAUUAUAAUUUGCGCGAAUUGAUACUCAUUGGAAAUCCAUGUUGUGAAUAUCCAAACUACAGAGAUUAUGUAAUGGGUACAUUGCCGCAGCUGAAUAGCCUGGACUCUGAAGAAAUCAAAUUAUCCCAAAAAUUACAGGCACAGAAAUUAUUGAGCAGCUACCGUUCGAUUAUUGUGCAAAAACAAGCAGACUAUUUUAUUGAGCGCGAUGAGCAAAAGCUGAGAGUGGCACAGAAAAAAGAACAGCUGGAAGCCGAAAUGGCGGAAAUCGACGAUGAAGAUAUGCGUUUAAAGAAGUUUUGGGAUGCCAAAAGCGAGCAUUGUCCGGAGACACGCAUGGAUAUUGCAAAAUAUCAUAAGCUCGGUCGAGAGAAAAAAAAUAUGGACCAGAAUGACAAGCAGGUGCGUAAAACACCGGCACUCUUCGCGCCGUGCGGACGUCCAUAUAAUCUCAAUCAACCGAAAUUGCCAUUCAAUUUGAGGGAUGAGGCCAAUGAGUACAUACUGGAGCUGGGAAUUUACAAAUACUUGGACACAUCGCAAAUCAAAGUGGAUGUAGAGUCAAAUUAUCUGCGAGUUUCUGUGAAAGGAAAAAUUUUCCAAAUGACAUUUUCGGAAGAGAUUAAAACUACAGAAGCGAGAAUACAACGUUCACAAUUAACUGGUCACCUACUUGUAAAUUUGCCGAAAUUGAAGGCCAAUGAAUUGCUCAUUGUACGAGCAAAAAAUAAAGGUAUAAAUAAUUUGUUUCUCAAGAAAACUUCCAAUAGCGAAAUUAAGUACAAUACCAGCCAGUUUACGAGGUGUAAAGCAGAUAAAAGCAAGUCGGAAUUAAAAGGAACUGUGGAUAUACAAAAUAUUUGCAGCAACGAUUACUUGGAUGUUCCUGAGCUAAUCGAUUGAAUUAUUUGCUACCGACGACUUUCGCUGACUUUCACUUAGUAAAUAAACAAUUGUUUGCUUAUAUUUUUUAAAUAAAAA